AGCAACCCUGGGACUUGGAGCAGAGCAUCGGAUGCCGUCACCCGAGCGCUGCCCUCAUGUUGCAAGGAUAUAAUGAGAAGAAGGAGCAACUGGCCGUGCCUGGCGCAAAUGGCCUGCUGGACUUACACAGGAGCUCUUUGGAGGAGCUGCAAUUGGCCAGGAUCUAUACCAGGCAUCGAACCGAUGUGAUGCUAUCCCAAGGCUACAACAGCGAGGAGGAUGACUCAGAUGCAGACGAAACAGAUGGUCGCUUGUACACGGAAAGACAAUACCAUGACAAUGGAAAUCCCAAGUACUUCAGGACCUACAUGCGUCUUCCUGCCACAGUCUCCCAGCAAUCAUGCGAACGUGUCAUUGAAGAGAAGCACUUCGAUGUUGGCGGUGUGUGUCGGCUUGACGUCCAUUUCGCAUUGGGCCAGCCUUACCUUAGCCGGAAGCACUUCUACGAGAAUCAGCGGCUGAAAUCAGAGAAGCUGUUUUUUGUCGAGGAUGAACGCACAAUGAGAUCACGCAAGGCUGGGCACUGGCGCGAGUACUUCGAAGGAGGGCAGAUCAAAUCCGAGAUCCAGUACGAUGAGCAUGGGAUGAGAUGUGGCUUUUGCAAGAGGUAUUCAGAAGAUGGUGCCCAGCAAUGGGUGAAGGACUACACAAAGGAAUACGGUGACCGGAUCGCAGAAUUCAACGCCAAGCGAGGGAAGCUUUCACUGAAUGCAGAGGAGGCAGCCGCCAUGCUUGGAUUUCGUGAGCACUACCUUCCCAAGGAUCGCCGGGAGGUGGAUUCUAUGUACCGCAAAAGGUGUGCACCGCUGCACCCAGACAAGUCGCCGGAUCCCGAUGCGCAUGAGCGCUUCUUGGAAGUAAGCCGAGCACGAGAGGUACUCUUGAAGUGGCUAGAAACAGAGCGUUGAGCCUGUGAGCUGCACCUUUGUGUGUGGCAACAUGUUUCAAGUCCCGUUUCGCCAGCUUCUGGCACCAAGCCGCCCUUGUGGAACGCCUCCAACUGCAAACUGAUUGUAUUGUCCAAGCGACAGGCGGUCCAAGCCCCAAAGAUGGGCUGCGCUCUCAUUUGAAGAUAUCAAAGGGAUCAAAAAGCAAGCAGACAAGUGUCAGAAACUCUUCAAUAUUCCCUGAGGUUUCGGCCAAGAUUACUGUGCUAUUUUGAAGACCGAAGAUCAUCAGAGAGUUUCUAGAGGUCGGAGCUGCUGGGCAGCCACUGCUUAACCAGCCCUGCAAGUCUGGUGAGGAACCUAUAAAUCCGCCCGCACCGAAGGUGCUGAGGCGUUUUAUAGGGCACGCAUGAACCGCAAGUACCGCAAGUAGUACUGAUAGCUUUAGCUAGGGGGGGAGGGCAUUUUCGCUCUAGAAUCCUGUGUUUUUCACGUUUU